GAUAUUGGAAAUCGAAAAUUUAUAUCUCAAACAACUUAUGAAGGAAAUGACAGAGAAAAAUCAAGUUCUUAUGGGCGCGUUCCACUAGGCGCUCACAACGCUCACGACGACCUAAGGCCGUUCCACUAGAAGAUCACGAUCGCCCGCUUCGAAUCGAUGUCGUCACGGAUGGCGUCAUCGUUUUCGAUCACGACGACCCCUCUCUGCUCGUUGGUCGAAGUGGUCGUUUGUGAACGCGUGGCGCUAAAUUUAAAAUGGAUUCUAUACAAGUGUUCGAUGAAGAGCGAAAUGUAAUGUUCGAAAUUUAUGUGCCGGAGGAAUUAAAAAAACGGGCAGAAAGCGAUUUAGUGUUUGCGUCCCAAUUGGUGGCCGAAGCUUUAAAGGACAGUUCGGAUCCGGCAGAGACAACAACAGUGCCGGCGAACCCAACAGCAGGUUCAGCAACAGUGCCAGCGAACCCUGCAGCAGGGCCAGCAGAGAGAACAACUGUGCCGGCGAACCAAUCUGCUGUUCCUGCUGCUAUCGAGGAAAACGUGGAUGAUGGUAAUUCCCAUAAAUGUGUUGAAUUAAAUGAAUACUCAUUAACUUUUUUUGCAGUCUCUAUGUGUAGGUGGAAUACACCGUGCACUCUUCUCCUGCUGGAAACCUACAAAAUAUUUGAGGACAAAUUUGUUAAUGGGAAAACUUCCCACAAAAGAGUAUGGGAGGAAGUCGCCAAUAAUAUAAAGGAGAAGGGGUUUUUGGUGACAGGGCCUCAGUGCUCUUCGAAAUUGAGAGGCUUAAAAAAAACAUAUAGACCAUAACAAAAAAACCGGAAAUGAUAGGAGACAAUGGCAGUUUCUAGAUAUAAUGGAUGAGAUUUUUCAAACGAAGGCUUGGGCUCAUCCAGUUUCGACUGCAUCCUCCUCCGGAAUUGUGGUCACCCGAGAAACUGGCAGUGAGGACUCCACAUGUG